UUGAAAAUCAUAUCAAUUUCAUUUUCACUAAUAAAUUAAGCUUAUGAGAUUUUGACUUAUGAUGAAAAUGCUGUUUUAUCCUCGCCACAUUUAAUAACUAAUGAUGUCUAAGAGCAUGACAAUAUUUUCUAUGAACCCUAGCGUUUCUCCAUGACAAGUUCUAGUUAAUCACAAAAUGCGGGCAAGCAACUCGCAGCCAAGCCUAAAUUUCACCAUAAAACUAGGUCAAUGUAAAGUGUCCGUUAACCGGCCAGUCGAGUUUCAAUCGUCCAGCAAGGAGGCACAUCUCGAGAUGUUCUCUCGUCUCAGUUAAACGGACAAGAUCAAGGAUAUAGGAUGAAGCCCGCCUGUUGGUUGCUGCUAAUCAUUAUCUUCGCGCAAUCGUGCUCGCUUCUAGAAUUAAGGGCCGACGAAGGUCUUACAACAGGAAAAAUCGUCGGCAGUGAGCUUUCAGGAUCGCAGGAAGAUCUGCAACAAUUGAAAACGCUAUUACGACAGGCCUCGAAUUCUUCAAGCUCAGGAAAUGGCACGGUCACCGCGACCAGACAAGGACCCUGUCAGUGUGGCGGCGGUGUCUGCGGAUGUUGUUCGAGGAUCCUAUACGAUACGUGGAAGCAGAAAGCUUGCGUGAAUAUAACGUACGAUCCCGACGAGUUCAGUUUCACCGCCAAUAUCAUGAUGAACGAUAGAGUUCUUUAUACGAGAACUGUUUCUGGGAAGAAUCCUAGACCAAUAUGUGUUCCUGUUCCAAGACUACCGAUUAUCAGAGCUUGCGUUAGAUUUUAUAAUAUUUACUUCCAAGGUAGAAAUAUUCAUCUAUGUCUUAAUAUGGAAGGAAGAUAUCAAGCUACGACAUUGUUUAAGGUGAGUUUAGAUUGUCUCAGAUUCGGCUCAAACGGAUUGGCUCUCUUAAAGCCAGAAGACGGAGGUGGUUUGGGCCAAGUAGAACUUUUUCCGGAGGAUGUAGAUGAUAAUGAAGAUGACUAUGAUGAUGAUGACGAUGACGACGAUGAUGAUGACGACGAUGACGAUAUAUUCUAG